AUGGCGACGUCUGUGACAGAGGAGGGACAGCCAAGACUGAACGGGAUUACCUCACAGUGUCAGGAUAAAAAGCUGACUGAUUUACCUACUGAGUUAAUUGAAUACAUUCUUUGUUUACCCGUUUUAAAGCACGUUGACAUUUGUAACGUGUCCUGUUGUUGCAAGCGGCUACACGACGUUUGCCAUGGAAGGGGGAAGGUCUGGGAACACCAGUACAAACUCAGAUGGCCAAGGUUGCAGAAAUUUUAUCGUCAGAAUGAAUGCUGUGACUGGCUCAAAGAAUAUAAGACACGCCACAGAGUUGGGAUACAAAUAAGAGGGACAGUAGAAUCAAUCUCCAAGAGAUUCUUCACAGAAGUUCCUUGUGUAGGUCAAGUAUUAGGUGACAGUUUUGCUGAGAUUGAGUCCCUGGGAAUGCCUGAGCACUUUUGUGAAGAUGAGCUCCUCUUCAUCCUCAACACUGACAAAAGGAAAAGUUUGACCUUGAAAUACUAUGCAAGGAAAAUUCUAUACUUCUUGCGACAGCAGAAUAUCCUAAAAAGUUUGAAGAUAUUCUUGGAACAGCCUGAAGAACAACAGUCUGCACUUAAAGGUGCUGUUCUUGUGGAUCAGUAUUGUAACCCAUUGGCUGAAGUAACUACAGAAGGUAUCUCAGCCCAGUUGGAUGAGAUUGUAGAUAAAGUUAAGAAAACUUUAAGGCUGAAGAAUGCUUCCCACCCAAGCUUGCGUUGUGCUCAAGACCACCGUUUUGCCGUAGAGGACACUGAACUACAGAGGCAGCUUCUGUGGGCCCUAAACUCUGUUUUAUAUGAGCAGCUUCAGUUCCAAGGCAAUGAGUUUGACUACUACAAUCCUCUGAAUUCUUACAUUCAUCAGGUGCUACUACGCCAUACAGGCAUUCCAAUAAGUCUCUCUGUUCUCUACAUGACACUCGCACAUAAGCUGGGUGUUAAUUUGGAACCAGUUAACUUCCCUAAUCACUUCUUAUUGCGCUGGUGCCAAAGACAAAGGAGAAGUGAGGACAUCUAUGACUUCAUCUAUAUUGACGCCUUUGGGAAAGGAAAGCAGCUGACUGCAAAGGAGUGCGAGUAUCUCAUUGGCCAUCAGGUGACUGCAGAUUACUACAGUGCUAUUAGCACCACUGAGGUGCUCCUCAGAAUGGUGGGAAACCUGCUCAACAUUGGCAAAAGGGGGGAGGGCAAUGAGAAGUCCUACCAGCUUCUGAGAGACUCGCUGGACCUCUACCUCACAAUCAAUCCAGACAAUGUGCAGUACCUGCUGCUCCAGGCUCGCCUCUACUUUCACCUGGGAAUUUGGCCUGAAAAGGUGCUUGAUAUUCUACAACAUAUCCAGGCAUUAGACCCCUCCCAGCAUGGGGCUGUGGGUUAUUUAGUGCAGCACACACUGGAGCACAUUCAGCACAAGAAGCAUCCUGUGGCUCCGGAUGAAAAGAGACGCAGUGCUCCGGAGCAUCUGGAGGUCCAAUACUCAGUGGGACUCAUCAUGAAACAUAAAAGGUCGGGAUAUAACUGUGUAAUCUAUGGCUGGGACCCCAAAUGUACAAUGACUCAGGAGUGGAUCACGACCAUGAGAGUCCCGCAGCUGUCCAAAGGUGCCAACCAGCCUUUCUACAAUGUGCUGGUGCAGGACGGCACCUGCCGCUAUGCAGCACAAGAAAACCUGGAACCCCAUUCUUCCCCGUUGGAAAUUGGUCACCCUGAGGUGGGACGCUAUUUCUCAGAGUUUAUCGAAACUCAUUAUGUUGCCAAUGAAGAACUGCAGACGCGGUACCCAGAGGACACACAGGAGACUUUGUGCAAAGUGCACGAGCUUUACCACGGACUGUCGCUGGACUCUGUGCAGGAGCAGGCAGCCUGUAGCAAACAGCUGAACUUGCCCAAUGCCUCUCUGACCUGA